GGAAUCCUCCUUUGAAACCUGUUCUUGGUCAGCAGUGGGGUUGAAUUCGCAGUACUGCUUGAAGUCUCUAAAUUAAGCCUCUCUAAGAAGUUCCCAGGGAGGUUAAACAGAAUAUUAACAACUUCAAGUUCAUCACCGUUGAAAUCAAACUGUUUAUUUUGAAUAAACAGUCUGUUUUUGUUCUCUUGAUAUUCAUAAUCCUCUUCUCCUCCUCGUUAGCCCCAUCUCUCAUGCCGUGACUUGUACCCUCAGAUUCAAGGCAGUAACCAAAGGCGUUUGCUGCCUUCCUCUUGCUUGAGAACGGCAACUCAACGGUAGAAUCAUCAGAAUCAACAGUAACCAAAGGCGUUAGAUCUUUUAGCUUGUUCUUGGCGCUGCAUGAAGAACGUGGUCUGCAUGGGAACCAUUGGCAGCUUAGUUUGGCUCUGCAUGGGAAGCAUGCAGACCACGUUCUUCAUGCAGCGGAAAGAAUACCGUUAGCUCAAUGGAUUCUUAGUCCAAGAAAGAAACAAAGAAACCAGUCAACCAAGAAAGAAACAGCCCCAGUGCCGUGAAUUCAGGCCUGAGUGCCGAUCAAGAACAAGUUUCAAACAAGAAUUCCAAGAAGACAGUGGAUUCUCAGUCCAAGAAAGAAUCAAAGAAACCAGUCAACCAAGAACCCUCUGAAUUUCCACAAAACUUCAAGAACUUGAUUAGUGAUAUGGGUGGCAGCAGGAUCACUCUGCUUAUCGAAAAAACACUCUAUCACUCGGAUUUGAAUCCGCAACAAAACCGGCUUUCGAUACUGUCAUAGCAGGUCAAGGACAAAGAUUUCUUGCUUCCCACGUAACUAGAAAUUCUGGAGGAGAAAAAGGGAAUAAAAGUGAAAUUGAUCCAACCCUCGCUAGAAAUCACCGAGUUGACUUUGAUUAAGUGGUUCAUGCACAAGGGCCCAGAGUCAGAGAAAGUAAGCAUAUCCUAUAUUCUAAGGUCAAAUUGGGUCAAAGUUGCAAAGACUAACAAUCUAGAAAAGGAUGAUGUUGUUCAAGUUUGGUCAUUCCGAGUUGACAAGAAAUUAUGCAUGGCAAUUGUUAAGCUUUGAUUUGUUGUUUAAUUCUGUUUUUCUUUAAUCAUUUUUAGUCUAAUUUGCUAAUUGUGGGAACUAUGUCAGAUAGAUCCCAAAUGAACUUUAUUAGUUUUUUCUUCUUUUUGGCUGGAAUGGUUGAUAAAAUUAUCUUUAUUACAGUUGGAAGAAUCAAUUACAUGUUUUUAUGUUUUCUUUUAAUUCUAAAGUUUAUUUGUUUUACAUUCUAAAUAUGAAGCGAAGCCUAUUUGUUUUACAAUUACUAAUCAGAGAGUAUUGGCCUCGAGGAAGAUUAAAUGUAUAUUAUUGAGAGUGAAUUUAAUGGAACAGUACAGCAGUAUUGGCCGAAUUUGGAUCCUCUAAAGUUUGAAUUUCACUUUAGAGAGUAAAGUGUGAUUUUCUACCCUUAAAUAGUUUCUCUUUCAUAUUUAUUCUUGGUCUCACCUAUAAAAUCAAUGGUAAGAGAGCACACUUUACUCUUUAGAGUGGAAUUCAAACUUUAGAGGAUUCAAAUUCGUAUUGGCCUCCAUAAAGGUCUUCUAUUCUGAUAUUUGGUUUAGGUUUUUUUUUUUCCUAAACUUCUUGAUUUUCUAAUUUUUUUUAAUCAUUUUUAUUUCUGUUAGACAGUUUUGUGGCUAUUCAUAUUGGGGGUGAAAUAGAUCUUAGGUUUGUUACGGUGAGUUGGAUUAUUUUUUCACGGUGAAGUUGGAUUAUUUUCUCUCAUAAUUUAUAUGUGAUUCGCUCGUCAUAAGGUCUUUGUUGUACUUGGUAGUCCUGACAAGAGUUGGUAUUCCUUCAUAGUUUAUAUGUUUAGUCAAAUUUUCUAAUAAAUAGUUUCAGGGAAGUGCGUUAGAAUUGUUGUAGAUGACCCUCUCUAAAAUAUUUUAAAUCUAGUAACAGGUAGUUCCAAAACCAGUUUACAUUUUUCAAUAUUGUGGGACAGAAUUGCAGAAUAAAUAAAUAAACAAAAUACUAAGAUUAAAUACAGAAAGAACAAACAUGAGAAUUUGCAGACCUUCAUCAUGUGCAUUAUGAAAUUCAACUGGAACAAACGAACACUUGCAUCCUCAAGAGAGUUGUGGUUAAGCUUUUGGUGUGAGGUUCAGUACAACUCACUCUAUUCAAUUCAAGAAUUUCUCAGGUUGGUGGCUCCGAGGAAGCAUUUGUUGCUGCUAAACCCUUGGUCUUUUCAAUGGGAAAAGGUGCAAUAUGUUGUGGUGGAGUGGGAAAUGGUUCUUGAUUCUUACAACCCUGUGCCUGGGGUGAUGGAAGGUGUGCCUUCUUCAAGGGAUUAUAAUGGAGGGUUUGCAUCCAAGCUUAUGAUUCCACUAAUUGGAGCAGAAUUUUGGGACUUGGAGAUUGGAGUUCAUGGAAAUGGCAAUCCAUUGGGAAGCUUGAUCUGUAUAUUGCAGCUGCUGGGAUAAAUCCUAAAGG